AUGACGCGAUCAUCAUCAGCAGAGCCUGCCAAGCCCUCGUCUUGUUCCAAGAGAAAGGGCACUCGAAGCGUUUCCACCCUGACGCCCUCACAGCUUGCUCGCAAGAGAGCCAACGACCGAGAAGCUCAGCGAGCCAUCCGUGCCAGAACAAAAGAGCACAUUGAGAGGUUGGAAAGAGAGCUUGAGGACCUCCGAAGCAGCCGGGGCCGAGACAAGACGGUUCAGGAACUAUUGCGCCGCAACAAGGCCCUCGAGGAUGAGCUUCGCCAGCUCAGGGAUUCGAUGGGCAUUUCCAUAACCUCGUCUCCUUACUCGACCACAACAGUCUACAAUGAUGACACCCGAGGCACCAUACCGAGCCCCAGAAUGUCUCCCCUGCCCUCCGGAGGCGCCGACUACAUGUCAGACUAUGGCCCGACUUCGCAGGCGUACGUCCCCAUGCCAAACUGCGAGGCCUGGGCCUCGACGCUCCCCUCCAGCGUCCCCAGCCCUGCGUCGUCGGUGCAGACGGAAGAGUACGGCCCCGGUUCCGGCUACAUCCCUACCAGCGUACCCAACUCCAUGAUGGGUACCGCCGGCAUUGGACCUGUCGACGGCAAGGAGGUCAAGAUGGAAUAUGAGAGCCUGCACGACAUGAUGAGUGCCCCCAGCUACAUGCAGCAGAACCCUCCGCAUCAGCGACCUCAGAGCUGGAACAUGUACCCUGGUGUGUACUACGAAGGCUCCCAGAACGCCGCCGUCUCGCGUUGA